UAUGGAUGGACAGAUCUGCAUUAUGCUUGUCGGAAUAGUCAUUUGUUUAUUGUGGAGAAAUUAUUGUCAUCCGGAUGUGACAAAGAAGCAAGGACUAAUGGUGGUUGGACAGCUCUGCAUUAUGCUUGUUGGUAUGGUCAUUUGCCUAUUGUAGAGAAAUUAUCAUCCGGAUGUGAGAAAGAUGUCAAGGACAAUUCACCAUCGGUACUUGUUCAACCUAAAGGUGAAGAACGUCAGUUUUUAUGUUUACUUCAAGAAACGAAUAAAAAUUGUCGACAGAUGCUUUCUGAAACAAGUCAGAUAAUACAGCAACGUCUCCAUCUACUAGAAAGACAGAAUGCAGAGAAGGAGCAAUUGGCAGAAGAGAUGACUUCUAAACUACAUCAUGCUGAAGACGAUCUUAAAGCAAAACCGGAAGAGUCGGAUCAAUAUUGGCAGAUUUUAGACAUUCAGCCAGAGGAGCUGCAGCUUCAUGACGAUUCACUGGGAAAAGGAUCGUAUGGGGUUGUUCAACUAGGUGACUGGUGCGGGAUCCAAGUUGCUAUGGAGACGUUUGAUAAGAAUCUUCAAUUGGCACAAGGUUUCAAGAAAGAGCUGACUGCCUACUGUCAGUUGCACCAUCCUAACAUCGUUCCUGUAUCCGGUGUUGUCAUGUCCAAAUGAUAUGCCUAUCCGAAUUGUGAUGGAGCUUUUUCAAGGAUCACUUACUGAUCUCAUAAAAGUAGCCAGUGAUUCAAAGGGCGAACCUAGCUAUCUAUCAUUUCGAGAGAAGAUCGACAUAGCUACAGAUACCACAGCUGCCAUUAUGUACA